AAUAGACAAAUGACUUAUCAAAAAUAAAUAAAAAUAAAGAAAAAUAAGAAAUUUGUCAGAAUUUAUUUUUUCAAGGUAAUGUACCGCUUUGGUUUGUUACACGAUUCGGAGAUAUAAUUUAAUAAUUUAACGACUUCUGUGUUUUGUGGAGAAAAUACGUGUUUUUGAAAUAUCGAAUGUCAAUGAAACAAAUACUAUUAUUUGGGCUUACUACAAAUCGAUGUGUGUCAAAUAAUUUGUGUCUAAAUGGCAGAUAAUCAUACAUAAGUCUAGAACUGAGUCAACUUUGUUCAGAAAUUAUAAAGUCAUGUCUGCAAGACGUCGUCGUUUGAACAUUGGUCGUUCAGUGAAUGCAAAAAGAAUCCAGACACACAAGCAUCUACGCGGUGUUCAAGUGUUGCACAACCAAUUGAUAGAGAUUUAAUUAGAUCUCUGCAAGAUAUGAUACAUUCUCAUAAUUACUAUAUACAGUCUUUCAAAACUGCGAUUGAGAGUAUUCCAGCAGAUACUCCUGACUUCAAUGUCGUAAUCCAUGCAAAUAAAGUUCCUGUUGGAGAACACAGAGGACGAUAUAACGCGCCUUCUACGAGUGAGGUAGCAGUGGUGAUAGCUGGACAGCAAUUUGACAAAAGAGAUAUUGUAUUGCAUAAUCGUGAUGAUAAUUUGCAAAAAAUUUCAGAGAUACACAGAUCUUAUGACAGCUUACAAUAUCCUUUGAUGCUAUGUCGUGGAGAAAAUGGUUAUGCCAUUAAUAUUUCUCAAGUUGAUCCAAUCGGUGGUACACCUCUGCGUAAAACAGUGUCAUGUAUGAACUACUAUUGCUACCGUAUAAUGACAAGACGUAACAAUUUCAACACUUUACUUAGAUAUGGAAUGUUAACAAACCAAUACUUGGUCGAUCAAUAUAAAUGCACUGAAAAAGCCGAACAACUACACCGAUUUGAAUACACAGAUGCGAGACGAACAACUUGCCAUGCAGUAAUCAAUAAAAACGCUAACAACAACAUCAUACCAGAAGCUAUUAGGAAAGCCAAAGCAACGGCAGCAACAGCGGAAUAACCGCUUGUAAACGACCACAUACGAACAGAUAAUAGCGGCAAUCGACACACAUAGCGGCGCACAUUCGAACCGGAAAUAGAUAAGUCAACGAGAAAAAAGUGAACGAACGCAGGGCGUCGUGGAGCGCAGCGGUGUGCCCGAAAGAUAUUGUGUGGGGGGAAGGAAUUAGCGACCGAAAAGAGAAGAGAAAAAACGUCGCCGCCACAAACCAAAACAAUCGCAUUCGAACAACAACAUUGCGCACCGCAACCGCAGUAAACAACAGAAGGAAACAUUUGAAAAGCGCGCCACAGCGCCAACAAUAACAACAAUAGCAACAAUACGGCGAGAAGAAAGCCAACAAAGCAAGCGGUGGAUUCUGCGCCACAUCAAGGUCGUCUAGGAAUAAGGUGGUGGUGCAGCUGUGUGUGUGCUUGUGCGCCUAAGCGAGAGCGAUAGAUGUUGGAGAUUGAGAGAGUGUGAGCGGUAAGGAAAUAAGUGAAAACAGUUGCGACAACAACAAUAACAACAGCAAAGCAUAAACAAGUUCUCCGCCAGUUGGUUGGUGUAAGGGCGGGUGCAGCAAGUGGCAAGUCUAAGAGCGCGUGUGCAGCAAACGAACAAGUUGCCGAAGACAAGUUGGCAAUCAACCGUUGCAACGAACAUCACAAAGCGGCGCCAUCGAACCAGCUGCAAGAGCACAGUACACAUACAUUUACGCUCAGCGGAGUAAGCGGUUUUGCAGAGCAACUGAACUACCACCGCCAACACGCGCCGCAGCAACACCAACAACAGCAAUCAGAGCAGCAGCAGCAGCAAUAGCGCCGACAAUCAACAGUCAGCCGAUAUCAGCAGUAAGCGUGGUCUCGACGGCGGGUCGCGUGCAUUUGUGACUUCAGUUCGAAGCGGACAUUCGGCGCGAAUGCAAGUCAGGUAAAAUUUAGUGCUCUUCGAUAAAGUGUGAACGUAAACACAAGUUGUUGACAAAGUCAUAAAUCGAGUAAUCAAAACACAAGUUAUUGCGGCGCUGAGCACAAAGCGAGUGAUUCUACAGUACUUAGACAGGCUUUGUUUUCGAAGAAUUUUUAUUCGAAGUUAAAUCUUUUGCUUGGCAAAAAUAAGUGUGAACUGUGAACUUUUGUGAGAUUUUGAAAUUUAAACAGUUGCUCUUGAAUACGUGAAAGUGCAUUUCCUCAAUCUGAAGAAUAUUUUGACUUCUUUCGUGGCAUUGGAACAAAGGUCAGCUUUGACAGUGGAUUCCUCUUGCCCCAAAAGAAAAAAAUGCGAUAUGGACCGCGAACGCGAAAGAGAUACAAAAUCGCUCGAACCGCGCGAUCUGUCAUCGACGGGGCGUAUCUUUGCCAGAGGCGACAUUAAAAUAAGCGCCUCACCCACUGUCUCACCGACGAUCUCGAAUUCCUCCUCGCCCACGCCCACACCGCCAGCCAGCUCAUCGGUACCGCCCAUCGGUUUGCCGACCAGCGUGGGCGGUGGAGCAUCCAGCGCUCCUGGCAGCACUUCUGCUGCCAGCGCCAGUUCCUAUUUGCAUGCCAAUCACAAGCCCAUCACCGGUAUACCGUGCGUAGCAGCGGCCUCGCGUUAUACGGCGCCCGUACACAUCGAUGUUGGUGGCACGAUUUACACCAGCUCACUGGAAACGCUCACCAAGUAUCCGGACUCAAAGUUGGCAAAACUCUUCAACGGUACCAUACCGAUUGUGUUGGACUCACUGAAACAGCACUAUUUCAUUGAUCGUGAUGGUGGCAUGUUCCGACACGUACUGAACUUCAUGAGAAACUCAAGACUUUUGAUUGCCGAUGAUUUCCCAGAUCUCGAAUUGUUACUCGAGGAGGCACGCUACUUUGAGGUGGAACCGAUGAUCAAACAAUUGGAGAGCAUGCGCAAGGAUCGCGUACGCAAUGGCAAUUAUCUAGUAGCGCCACCAACACCACCGGCACGGAUCAAAAGUAGCCCGCGCACCAACUCUUCCCCCGAAUACAAUUACGAAGUGGUCGCACUGCAUAUAUCACCCGAUUUGGGUGAGCGUAUCAUGCUCUCCGCCGAGCGCUCACUCCUCGACGAAGUCUUUCCCGAGGCCAAUCAGGGCACACAAACCAGCCGCAGCGGCGUGUCGUGGAACCAGGGCGAUUGGAGGCAAAUCAUACGCUUUCCAUUGAACGGCUACUGCAAAUUGAACUCGGUGCAGGUCUUGACACGCCUACUCAACGCCGGUUUCACCAUCGAGGCGAGCACCGGCGGUGGCGUCGAAGGGCAACAGUUCUCCGAAUAUCUACUGGUGCGCCGCAUUCCAAUGUGAUAGUCCUCUGGAUGGCAAUUUAUUUACGUUAAAGUAAUUAUUUAAAUUUUAAGGAAUUUUUAGCGACAAAAAUCAAAUAUUUAAGUAAUCCAUUAAGCAAGGCAAGCAAGCAAGGUAAUUUCAAGCAGAAAGUAUGGCAUUUAAAGCGAAUAUGUAGAAAAUUUAAAUGAGGAUUAAAUGUGCGACAUUUUUAAAUGCACAUAGAGCAUGCGCACGCAGUCGCUAGAGAGUGUGUGUGUGGACGUGGAGUAUGCAAUAUGCCAUGCAUUUUUAAUUAGCUCGUAGUCUAAGGAUUUACAAUACACAUGUAUGCGUAUACUCAAUGUAACUAAAUUAAUUAAUUAGAGUUUUAAGCUCUUAAAGUUAAUUGAAAAAAUACAAAAAAAAAAAACAAAAAAUAAUUUAUUGUUCCAACUUUUUUAAUUUGACAAAAUUUAGUUGAAACGAAAAGAUGUUAUCAAACGCACUGAUUUGCUUGGCGAAUUGAUUUAUUGUACAAUUUUAGCUUAAAACGUAAAAUUAUUGAACUAUUGUUUACACUAACGCUGCUGGAUCUUCCGUUAAUUUAAUUUUAAGAAAGAGUUUUUAAAUCCGAUUUUAGCAUUUACAUGAGGGGUAUUGAGGAAGAAGUUAAUGAAAAACGGUCGUUGAACCCUUGUACAUGCGUGCAUGCACUUCUUUGUGUGUAUGUGUGGGUAUUGCAUUUGCAUUAAACGUUUUAUGAAUGUAACUUUUACAGAAAAUUAAAUACUACAAUACAAAUAUAGCGUAUUGGUAUAGAUAAAAUCAACGCUCAUAUAUACUUACAUAAAUAUACAUACAUACAUCACAUUAGAUAUUUUGAAACGUGGUACUCAAUAAAUUAAUUAUGUAAAAUGAAUUACAUUAAAUGGAAAUACUCGUACUUUUGGCUUUUUGAUUCAAUAGACUACUUUUGACGAUCGAAAAGUAAGUGAAUUACAUUUAUUUUCCAAAAAACAACUGAAGGUGGGCUCUGAGUGAAUAAUUUAAGUCAGUUAAUCAGAGUUCGGUCCGAUAUUCAGAACUCCCUUUUUUCAUUAUUUCCCAUCAUAUAAGGUGAAUUUUUGAAAGCUCCCUACUCGAGGACAAAUAUUAUCCUCUCCUUCAACGUUUGCAAGUACAACAACUUUCUCCUUCUCUCGAUAUCGUGGAAGUACAACAAGGCCAAGCUUUACCGAUCACAUUUGAAUAUAGCGAUAAAUGCAGCUAUCUUUAAAAACAUAGGCUUUGGCUAUCAAUGAUUUACCCAUCGGAUUCAGGAAAGGCUUACUAUCGAAGCUAUGAGCUUAGGGAAAACAGUUUGUGGAGAGGCUUUUAGUGGGAAACGAUGGAAGGGUGAACAAAAUUUAAAAAUCAAAAAUUUCUUCAACUUAGCAUCCAAACAUAACAUUAAAUCUAUACUAAAAAACUUCUCCAUCGCUCAUUAAUAGUGGAAAAGCGAGGCUUCCAGGGAAUAUACAAAGCAUUAUUGGGUUUGAAGAUGACAUUUCUUUGGUGGUAAUAGAUAACAUGUAGAAGUUAGAAUAACAACACAUAUAUUUAAUUAGCGAUUUUAGGGAAAAUUAUAAACCGAUGUCACAUACUUUUAUGGUGAAGUAUAAUUUACAUAAUUGGAUUGUUAAUCUAUAUAUAUAAAAGAAAGUCGCGUUAGUUCAACUAUUUAUAACUAAAGAAUGGCUGAACCGAUUUGGUAUAAAUUUGGUUUGGAUGUAGCUUAGGGCCGGGGGCAGGAAAUAGGAUACUUUUUAAUAAACUGUGGUAUAAAAAACGCAAACUUAAUGUUGUCUGUGAUACAGGCCGGUGGAGUGGGGGCUUCAAAAAAAAAAACGGUGCGUCCUGGUUGACGUGUUUUCAACCCUUGUAGAAAUCAAAAACAAGAAGAUUCUUCAUUAAUAUCGAGUUGACCAUUUAAAAAAAAAAAAAAAAAAAAAAAUAACAAAAUGGCGUCGACUUGAAAAAAAAAAUUUUUGUCCCGAUUUUUCGACCUUUUCGAUUUUUUAAAAAUACUUCAAAUCAAAAUUUUUGGAAAUCCAUGACAGACACGAUGGAGCAUUGUAUAAAGAAUAUAUAAAAAUUUCAAAGGAAUCGGUUCAGUAGAACUUGAGAUAUCAUGUCAACCACCUCAAAAAAAGUAGUUUCGAGUAAAAGUGUUUAAAGUUUAGGAGACCGCUCGUCCGGUUCGGACGCCACGUCACAAUAUCGGCUAUAUCUCCGAAAAUAAGUCGAAUUUUGAAAAAUUCUUCCAAGGUCAUAUUUUUGAAAGUCGAUUUUUUUCAAAAUCCUAGACCAGAAUACCCCCUUCAGUUGUAUAUAUUGAGAUGCUGAUCGCUUUAAUUCACGUAAUGGAUUUCAAAUAUGUACGAUUGAAGAAAACUACAGUCCAAAAGAAAUUGCAAGAACGUAUUUAAAGAUACAAAAUAAAACUAUUGUAGUCCUAAUCAUCCUAAAUGUAAUCAGUCAACAUUUUAUAUCCAUUGACCGAACAUUCCUUGCCCUUUAAUUGUAGUGAAAGCAUAAUCUUUAGACCAACUUCUGAAAGACCAAUUAGUUUGUAGAUGUAAUUUAAUAGUUUCAUAUUAAUUUCCGACAAUAAAAUUAAAUGUUUGAUUCAAGGAAAGUUUAAAUAUUACAUUCUCUAUAAUUAUAAUUAUAAUAGAUAUGAACUCAUAGUAGUGGACUUGACUCAUGUAUAAAAAAUAACAAUUCAAAUAGAAGAUGACCGAUUAUGCUUUUGGUUGUAGAGUAGUAAUAUAUUUUAUACUACACAAAUAUAAUGAAUGGUUGAGUGAGCAAGGCUAAGAUUAAAGA